CACACACACACACACACACACACAGAAACAGAAAUAAAAAGAAGAAAUGAAGGAUGAAAAGAAGAAAAGAUACCUCACAGUCCAGGUGGAGAAGGGCGGAGUUAGACGGGCUGUCAGAGGAGUCCUCAACAGGUCAGCGGGGCGCUCUGACCUCGCCCGCUGGAGGAAGUUCAGCGGUCACCUGUUGGAGGAGGGGCGGAGCCUGCUGCCGUUUGUUCUGGGGCUGCUGUUGGCGUCCGUGUACGGAGUCACGGCCCUCUUCCUGCAGAAUCAGCCUCUGUGGCUGUGUGUCUACACCACGCUGACUCUGGCCGUCCUGGCCGCCUUCGGUAUGGGACUGUCCGCCGGCGUCCGCGCCGACGUCUCUGUGCUGCUGCCCACACUCUGCUCAGCUCACGGCAGGAAGUUCCUCCUCUUCCUGUUUGUGUCGCUGCUGCUCACCGGUCCUCUCAGCAACACCUUAAAAAACACAGAGCGAGCCGCCUCCAGCCUGCUGUGUAGCGCCGAGCUGGCAGCCAAUCAAACACAAGAGCUGAUGCAGAGAGCAGCCACGCCCCUUUACUCCGUGUUGGACAGAAUCAGAGAGAUCAGCAGCAACGCUCACGCUGUGGCAGGACGAGUCCAGCACCUGAUCCUCGCUCUGACGGACGGCGUCCGCCACGUUGCUCGCACUCUGAGAAACGUCCUCCACUUCCUGGUGGACAUCGGUGACGUGUGCAACGACAAACUGGGCUCCCCGUACAGGAAGUGCCGAGCGGUGUUCGCCGAUGCUCGAGCCGACUGCUCCGAGCUGCUGGGAGAAUUCAACUUCCUGUGUGACAUCAUGGACAGCUUCCUGCCGCUCUGCAGCCUCACCCGCGCUGGCGAGCUCUUCUGCAUCAUCCCGUCCUACAUCGGCAGCCAGCUGAAGAAACGUCUGGCAGCUCCAACACUGGCAGCGUUUGAGCGAAUGAAGCAGGAGUUUGAGUUCAACAUCUCGGCCUCGGUGAACUUUGACGUGGACGCCAACAGCAGCGUGUCUCUGCAGCAGCUGUCCCAGGACAUCAUGGACCAGGUCUCCGCCGACCUGCACGUGUUCCAGAGGCUGAGCCAACCGCUGACGUACGCCGGCCUCGUCCUGCUCGCCGUCUCCUUCCUGAGGGCGGUGCUGUACAGACGCAGGUAUCUCCGUGACCUCAACUUUGACAACAUCUACAUCAGCGCUCAGUUCGAAAAGCUCGACCAAAAGAUGAAGUCAGAGGGCGGGGCCUCAGUCCUGCCAAUCACACGCAGAGAGGCCAAGACCUACAUCACCCCACUGUCGCUGCAGCUGUCGGCGCGCGAGUGGCGUGCGGUGUACGUGGCCGUGGUCUCGGUGCUCAAACACCUGCUGGUGGGCGUGGUUCUGGUGGCGCUGGACUUCCUGGUGUUCUGGAUGAUGGAUCAGGUGCACCACCAGGUGAAGGGGGACGUCGUGGCCAGAGCGCCAGUGACGGUGUCGCUGCAGGUGAACGGGUCGGGCUACGCCUCGGACAUCUUCAGAGACCUGGUGGCUUCGUUCGACAUCCUGCAGCGAGGGAACGUCACCGUGAUCAGCAGGAAGUGUCUGCUGCAGCCGUCGGAGCCGGACUACGUCAGCUGCUUCGUCCUGGGGUUCCUGCUGGGUCUGGCUCUGCUGAUGGCUCUGUUCGGAGGACUCGUGCAGCGCUGCAGACGACUCGUCUGCGCUUCAUAUCAUCCAGAGAGAGAGCUGGAGAGGAUGUGGUUCCUCCGGCAGCAGAUCCUGGAUCAGAGGCGGGCGGAGGGGAGAGCGCUAAGAGCGACUGCAGGACGAAGAGGAGGAGGAGGAGGAGGAGGAGGAGGAGGAGGAGGAGGGAGUCGCCUUCAAACUCUCCUGCUGAGGUUACCUGGAGGGUCUUACCUGUCUCACCUGCUGGGUCUGUCGUCAGUCAGCUGUCUGUUCUGUGGCGAUGCGAUGAGACCUGAGGACGACAACAUGGCCGCCUGUGAUGUCCCCCAGUGUCCAGGCAUGUACUGUCGGCCGUGUUUCCGCAGUUUGGGAAACACGUGUGUCGUCUGCGCGCAACCUCUGACCUUCCAGGAAGACGGCGAGGAGGAGCGGGACUCCAGCGAUGACGAGCAGCUGAACUCCACUCACGUCGCAGACACACCACUGGUGAAGAGGACAAUCUCCACGACAACGUGCCGAAGAGGGACAGUAAAGGGAGGCGGAGAGAGAGACGGUGGAGAGAGAGACGGAGGAGAGAGAGAAGAGAGAGACAGCAGAGAGAGAGACAACGGAGAGAGAGACAGUGGAGAGAGAGACAGCAGAGAGAGACACGUCAGAGAGAGAGACAGCGGCGAGAGAGACAGCGUUGCUCCCGUCAGAGUGGACUCUGACUCAGAGCUCAGUGAAGCAGACAUGUCGUACCAGGACACAGCAGGCUCGGACGACAGCGACGACUCCUUCCACUCCUCCGGCAGCCUCCAAACCAUCAUCAUACACGGACCAGACGCGCCCCCAAAACCUCCAGGAUCCUGAUCCACAACCAUCUGCUGCUUUCAGCACAAAGUUCACUUUGUAAUUAAAGUUAUUAAGCAUGAAAU